UAUGACAUAAAUAACUAAGGUUAUUUUAUAAAACAAUAACAAUUGUGAUUUUAAAUCUUAACUAAAUCAUGUUUGGAAGACUAAAUUUUAGAUCGACGAGGGAUUUCACUAUGUCGCUUACUAGAUUACCCUGUUUAUUCCGAAAGUUUUCAUCUACAGUAAAAAAUGAAUCAGAACCAAUUAAGUUUGAUCCAGUUUUCUCAUUUCCUUUUGUUAAAUAUAUUGCUUUAAUAAGUAGGCUCAAAGUAUAUCACUUAUAUGGAUCGUGUAUUGUAAUACCUAGCAGUGGCUUAAUGGAACUUCUAAAUUUUGCCUCAGAAAAUACAUUUUUUAUUGCUUCAUAUAUUGGUAUCACAGGAGGAGCAGUCUUAUCAUUAUGUACACUUCCUUUUAAAAAUGUAAUUGGUCAACUAUAUUUAAGCGAGGAUAAUAAAUUUGUCAAAAUAUCUUCAGUAGGAUUUUCAGGAAAGAGAAUAGAUAGAAUUGUGGAUGUAAAUGACUGGAUCCCAAUUUUAGAUUUAAAACCAAGAACAAUGGAUGCUAUUUAUCUCAGACCAGAACUCACUGAUGGAACUAAAUACAAAUUAUUUGUAAAGUUUGGCAUUGUUAGAGAUUCAAAGAGAAUAGGUCAAAUACUGGAGUAACUAAUGUAUACCUAAUAAACUAGUUAAUA